UAUCUUCUGUAAAGCUUGUGGAAGAUAGAUGUAUGUGCUGCAAUGGUGACAUAAAUAUUUAAGAGGACUGGAACAAGUUGUUGAGAACCGGUGUUUGUUUUUAAUGCUGCUGCUGAGAACAGUCUAAGGCAAGUAAACAUCAUGAGUUUUAUCAUGAAACUUCACAGACAUUUUCAAAGAACAGUUAUUUUGCUGGCCACUUUUUGUACAGUGAGCAUUGUUAUCUCUGCAUACUACUUGUAUAAUGGCUACAAACAGGAAAAUGAACUUUCUGAAAUCACUUCAGAAGUGGAAUGCGGUGAUCUUCAACUGUUGCCAUACAAGCUGAUGGAGAUGAAGACCAUGAAGCCUAUUGAUCCCCUGAGGACUGAUCUUGUAGUGCUGGUGUUUGUGGAAAGUCAAUAUUCAGCAUUAGGCCAAGAUAUAGUGACUGUUUUAGAAUCCAGCCGAUUUCAAUAUCACAUUGAGAUUGCACCUGGAAAAAGUGAUCUCCCGGUGCUUAUAGACAAAAAUAAAGGCAAAUAUGCUCUCAUAGUAUAUGAAAAUAUUCUAAAGUAUGUGAAUAUGGACUCUUGGAACAGAGGCCUUCUAGACAAGUACUGUGUAGAAUAUGGUGUCGGUGUUAUUGGAUUUCACAAAGGCAGUGAGAACAGCUUACAGAGCUUUCAGUUGAAGGGCUUUCCUUUCCUUGUCCACAGCAAUGUGGGUAUUAAGGACUGUUGCAUUAAUCCUCAUUCCCCAUUGCUCCAUGUGACAAAGUCCUCUAAACUUGAUAAAGGUCCCUUGCUUGGAAAUGACUGGGCAGUUUUCCAGAUUAAUCAUACAGCUUAUCAACCGGUGAUAUUUGCGAAAGUAAAGACGCCAGAAAACCUUUCACCACCUACCACUAAAAGUAUUCUCCAUGCCACAGUAAUUCAUGACCUGGGGCUCCACGAUGGGAUUCAGCGAGUCCUCUUCGGCAAUAACUUGAAUUUUUGGCUGCACAAGCUGAUUUUCAUAGAUGCCAUCUCUUUCCUGUCUGGAAAGAAACUUAGGCUGUCCUUGGAUAGAUACCUCCUGGUUGACAUAGAUGACAUCUUCGUUGGGAAGGAGGGAACACGGAUGAACACCAACGAUGUGCAGGCCCUGCUUGACACUCAGAAUCUUUUGAGAGCUCAGAUUACAAAUUUUACUUUCAACCUUGGAUUUUCAGGGAAAUUUUAUCACACAGGCACUGAGGAGGAAGAUGAAGGCGAUGACCUGUUGUUGAGGUCGGUAGAUGAGUUUUGGUGGUUUCCCCAUAUGUGGAGUCACAUGCAGCCUCACCUCUUCCACAAUGAGACGUCCCUGGUGGAGCAGAUGAUCCUCAACAAAAAAUUUGCCUUAGAGCAUGGUAUUCCAACUGAUAUGGGCUAUGCAGUGGCUCCACACCAUUCCGGGGUCUAUCCAGUACAUGUUCAGCUUUAUGAAGCCUGGAAGAAGGUGUGGAAUAUCAGAGUUACCAGCACAGAAGAAUACCCACAUUUGAAACCCGCAAGAUAUAGACGCGGCUUCAUCCACAAAAAUAUCAUGGUGCUUCCAAGGCAAACUUGUGGCUUAUUCACCCACACAAUUUUCUAUAAGGAAUAUCCUGGCGGCCCAAAGGAACUAGACAAAAGUAUCCAAGGAGGAGAGUUGUUCUUCACGUUGGUUCUCAAUCCAAUAAGCAUCUUCAUGACACAUUUGUCUAAUUAUGGGAACGACCGCCUGGGAUUAUACACCUUUGUGAACCUGGCCAACUUUGUUCGUACCUGGACAAACCUGAAACUGCAAACUCUUCCUCCAGUUCAGCUGGCUCGCAAGUACUUUGAACUAUUCCCUGAGCAAAAAGACCCUCUCUGGCAGAAUCCCUGUGAUGACAAACGUCACAGAGAUAUUUGGUCUAAAGAAAAAACCUGCGAUCGAUUACCGAAAUUCUUGGUUGUAGGACCCCAGAAAACUGGUACCACAGCUUUGUAUUUGUUCCUGAUCAUGCAUCCUUCCAUCAUUAGUAACUCCCCCAGCCCAAAAACCUUUGAGGAGGUACAGUUCUUUAAUAGAAAUAACUACCACAGGGGGAUUGAUUGGUACAUGGAUUUCUUCCCUACCCCUUCCAACGUCACCACCGACUUCCUCUUUGAGAAAAGCGCCAAUUAUUUCCAUUCCGAGGAAGCUCCUAAACGAGCUGCUUCCCUCAUCCCCAAGGCCAAGAUCAUCACCAUCCUCAUCGAUCCGUCGGAUCGGGCAUAUUCCUGGUAUCAGCAUCAGCGAUCACAUGAAGAUCCUGCAGCUCUAAAAUUCAGUUUCUAUCAGGUGAUCACAGCUGGACCUCGAGCCCCUUCUGAGCUUAGAGCUCUCCAGAAGAGAUGCCUAGCACCUGGAUGGUAUGCUACCCAUAUUGAAAGAUGGCUAACUUACUUCCCACCUUACCAGUUGCUAAUUAUUGAUGGACAGCAGCUGAGAACCGACCCAUCCACUGUGAUGGAUGAAGUGCAGAAAUUUCUGGGAGUCUCUCCUCAUUAUAACUACUCUGAAGCCCUAACGUUUGAUUCACAUAAAGGUUUCUGGUGUCAGCUCCUGGAGGAAGGAAAAACCAAGUGUCUUGGAAAGAGCAAAGGUAGAAAAUACCCUCCUAUGGAUUCUGAGUGCAGGGCUUUUCUGUCGAGCUACUACAGAGAUCACAAUGUGGAACUGUCAAAACUCCUUCACAAAUUGGGACAACCUCUGCCGUCAUGGCUUAGACAGGAGCUACAGAAAGUAAGAUAGCAUUGAAAAAAGGCUUUUUGAAUUCUCUCUUCCACACUUCAGUCAUCAUCCCUAAAGUCUCCGGUAGCUACCAGAAGGAGUUGUAAAAUAUACCUCUUCAAAAAAGAGUAAAAGAAAGAAAUGAUUUCCAUAUGCUGGCAUGUGGAUUGUGAAAAUGUAUGUGUUCCUUACAACUCUGGUGGACCGCAGUCUUUCUCCUAGUCGUUUCUGGGCCUGUAGACUUGUGGACUGCUGUGCACAUAUGUGGAAGUCAAUUGCAACUGGUAUAAGUUUCAAAGAUACGUGACCUAUCCAAUUUCACGGUAAAUAUUUACAGUUUUAUAUGUCAGUUUAAAAGUAUUGUGUCUCAUGUAAGUUUUGUAGCCCAUUGUUAGACCUCUGACAGUUUUUCUUACUAUUUGAUUAUUGUGUCUUGCAUAAAGUCAGAAAAUUUAACGUAGCAGAAAGUGCCAAGUGUACUCCUGCCUUUGGAAUGAGUUUGACAAAUACCCACAGUGUACUCUAACAAGGUUCAUGCUAACAAAGUAUGUAUUAACCAGGUAGUUAGUAUAUACUAACAAGGCUGAGGAGUGCAAUUACCACAUAUGAUUUAGGUGUGCACGGCAACAAAAUACGUGGAGCAAAAUCUGGAAUCCGCAGGUUAAAGCAGCGUAGCAAAAAAGGAUGCAUUACCUGUGAUCAAAGCCUGUAACAGCAAACUCUUAAAAUGCUGUAAGAACCUUUGUCUGUAAUUACUGUCUGAUUUUUCUCUGACUGAAAUGGCAAAAUGCAGAAGGUGAGACUGCAUCCGAACAGAAAUUUAAUUAGAUAUUUGAAGCACAAAAGUUAACAAUGUUACCUUUAUGAGAAGUAUUACACACUUAACCACUGUGAACCAAACUGAAGCGUUGCAAUGAACAGUCUUUCACUCCUGGCUACUGUAAGCAGCCAGACCUGAAUAUUACAUUCUGAACUUAACAUUGCCAUAAAUCAGGAAUGACUCCACUGAAAUGAAGGAAAAACUGGUAAAGAGCAGAAACAGUUCCAUACUUAUCUUGCCUUAAUUUGCAUGACUAUUUUUUCCUUGAUUUAUUUGCCCUCAGUCUGUGCUGUGUCUAUUCCAAGAUCCCUCCACCUGAUCAAAAUUGUAGCGUCUUUCAGUGACCUCCAGUUUAUGUCAGCUGCAAAAAUCUUAUCUGAUUUCACAAUGAAACCCUGGUUCCAGACAUCUUAAAAAGUUUGGUAUUAAAUACUAGGAAUAAACUUUAAAAAAAAAAAAGAAUAGAACACAGUGUGUAAUAAUGGUACAAAAUUAGGCUCCAGUCCUGGAGAAUGCUAAUACCUGGCUUUACGUUUAUGUAAUUUUAGAUAUUUCAGUAUUAGAAAUAUUGUAUUUAGAUAUAACAUCUCACACUACAUCAGUUUAGACAUGUGAGGUAAGGUCUGAUAAAAAGUACGUAAAACAUUGAGAGAGGAGGUCUUUGAAAAUUUCAUUUAAGUAUUGCCCUAAUGCUCCUUCACAGAACUUUGGCUCUGAGUGUUUGUAAAAAGGCAUGAAGAGGUAGUGAAAAAAUAUCAGGUGAAAGAUAACUGCAGUUCUCAAUGCAAUGCUUUUCACAGUAAGUCUGUAAUAGUACCGUUAUGUGUUCUAGGAUGAAUAGUUGAAAACAUGCAUCAAAUGGUGGAAAACCUUUCUGAGUCUCGGUGCUGUUUUACGAUACUUACAUAAUCAUAUAAUUUAACUUUCAAGGUAACGGAAUGGAAACCAGUCUCUUAUUCCCUAAUUAGAAAACAGAUGUUGAGAUCCUUACUGUACCUCUAACUGGUAAUUAUUAUUAUUUUUUGUUUUCAUCUAUGUAACAUUUGGUUUUAAUAGGCCUAUAAAGAAAAAAAUCUAGACAGAUUUGCUGUAUAUAACCAUAUUCUUCUUGCAGCACAUUUUGCUAAGGGAGUAUGCGUGACGAGGACCUGCUAGAGUAGACGUUAUUUUAAGAUGAACAUCUUUAUUAUUUAUUAGACAGAAGGAGAAUUUUCAUUUUACUUUAAAUGUACACUCUCAAAUGGGUUAGGUCCAAAAGCUGACGUGUCUUAAAAGUACUUCUUAUUUGAUGAAAGAAACACUCUGAAUUCUGAACAUCUGUAAAAGCAAAAUUCUCUGCAUGCUAUGGACAGCUCAUGUGCUCCUCAAGCAUCUGUAUGGAUUUGUUACAACUGAACUGAGUAAUUGGAGAAAACACCUGGAGUUUUCCUCCUGGCAUGACUGAUUUUAUCCUUGGUAUAACCUAGUUUACCGUCACUCAAACAUUUAAAAAAUUGCAGGGAUUGCACAAAGCUCAUGUUUUGUGCUCUGCUGCCUCAGUUAGCCCAUGUUCUUUCAAGCAGCAAUUGUACAAUAGAAAAAAAUAAGAAAAAUUGUAGGCUUUAUCAAAUGCCUGAGAUUUUCAUGCUAAGAGAAAUUUUUCUCUGCACACCAAGUGCCUCCUACAUGCUCCUACAGCCACAUUCACAGUUCCAUCUUUGUUUCCAAGAGUGCUGUUUCCUUUUUCUUUCUCUGAGAAAUCAAGGCCUCAGCGGGAUCGGAAUGAUGAGUGGGCAGUCAAGGUUGGAUAGAGUGGUGAUGGCUAUAUGCACAUCAGACAUAUUAUCCUUCCAGAAAUUUUACAACAGGAAAGGUGACAGGUCCCGGAGCUAUGGACUUCUGUGGCGUCCUCACUGAGGUAUGGCAAGGAACCUCCUACAGCUGUCAUCUCCUAAAACAGCUCAAGUGCUGUCAGGUUGUAGCACCCGGAGCGUAGGCCCUUCACAUGCACAGCCGUGGCCUUGGCCAGACUAGGUUUGGCAGCUAAAUGCAGGGCUCAUCCUCUGGGAAGGAGUGCUGUGAUGACUCUGAAAACCGGACGAGGAGCAGUAGGAUGGGGCUCUUGUAUGGCUUCUGGCCUUCCAUGAGUUCUUAGGCAAAUCUCAGUGGAUUCCUGUGGUAACUUUACCUGAGUCAAUACCGUGGACAAAGUAACUUGGCCUUUUGUCCCUGGAAGUGUGCAUCUGAAAGGGCGUGAUCUUGAAUCUUCAUCAGUCCAAGCUCCUAUUGAAAUCAAGUUGCUAAACAUUAGCAUCUCUAGAAAAGGUGCUAUAGGAUUAGCUUCCUGUACAUUGGAAGUGCUGUUCUCACACACAAAAGCAAUGGAGAAGUAAUGGCAAAUUGAUACUGUUCUUUGCAGUUCUGAUUCCAGACGUUCGGGUACUAGUUGUUUGUAAAAGAUGGUACGAAGCCACUUUUUCGCUCCAGAACUAUUCUAUUUAAAUCUGUUCUUACAUUUAACAGGAGACUUUAAAAAUAGAAAUGACUUUUAAUGUGCAGUCAACUUGGUAAUGAAUGAAGAGUCUAAGCAAAGCAUGCAGACAACAGCUAGAUGUGUUAUUCCACAAAUAAUAGGAUACAUGUGAGCAGAGCUGAGUAAGCAAGUCAUACAACAUACGGUAUUAUCUGACAAAGUUUAACCUCUUCUGUUCACAACUCACCUACAAAAGCAAUGUUUGAUUUUCAGAAACAGACUAUCAGUAUUAACACUUACUUCUAAAAAAAUACUGCUUCAUCACAAAGGAGCUACAUUUGCUAGUCACAGUGAGGUGUCUACUGCGGUUGGUAACACAGCCAUGGUUCCUGUUCCCCUGCUAGAAAACUGCACAAGCAAUUCCUUUACAAAUGCUUGAUUAUGUGAGCUUCACGUUUGCUUUCCUAAAUAUGAUUCUGAAAUUUGCUUUCCAUGGACGUCUGUGCCAGUAAAAAUCAAUGUGUGAUUAUUAGCAGAAAGUAACCAUUAGGGGGUCUAAACACAGAGCCUGAUAGGAAUUCACUUGGUGAUCUGAGCAAACAUUCCUGAAAAUACUGUGAUAUUUUCCCAGUUCUACUUGUGCAGAAAGAAUUAGUUUCACUGAUUUGCAGACUAGCUUGUACAGAAUAUUCUUUUUCAGUGCUUAAAAAUGUGAAACUUCCUCAGGAAGAAAUUAAGUAGAUAUUUCAAUGUUUAUAGAUGUAAUAUUCUUGUCAUUCACAUUGAAUGAAAAUUGCUGGAAACAUUUUUCUCAAAGUUUUUUUAAAAUAAAAAUAGAUAUUAUUCUGAUAGUGGCAUGAUAUAUGAAGUGCAACAAUAAACUCUGAUAAGAAAAUG